AAGAAAACCCAACGCUGAGUGUGGCCACGUCCUGCCCCGCUGGAACGUCUAGAGAAGCCCAGCACGCGGUCGCGCCAUGGAGCACAGUCCCUUCGCCACCAGGAACUUUGUGGUGGAGAACGUCCUCAACUACUUGCAGACUGAGGAGCUCUUCACGUGCGCCGAGGUGAACCGGUUGUGGCAGGCGGUCGCCCUGUCCCUGCUGCGAAGGAAGCUGGUCUCGGUCUCCGUCUGCUGCACGCCGGACUCGGAGCGGGCUACCCCCGCCUCAGCGCUGGGCAGCUCGCACGUGUGCGUGGACAUCUUCUGCUCCAAGUUUUCGCGCUUCCGAAACAUCGCGCGCAUGGCAGGACUGCGACCGUCGUUGGUGUUGCUCUCCCAUCACGCCGAUCUCAGCGAGGACAAGCGAGUGGUGGAGCGCCUGCGCGAGUUCCUGCCCCCGGACUCAGUCAUCGUGUAUUUCAAGCUGGAGCUCGUCCGAACCGUGAACGACACCGAGGACGCCACGCACGAGGGCAUCUUCGGCGAGUUCCUGUUCCGCGUCGAGGAUGACGUGUCCGCCAAGGCGCCAGCCACCACCUCCGAAGAGGCCGAUGACCAGCUGUGGCAACAGCCGGAUGGAGCCAUCCCUGGGCCGUCGUCUUCGACAUCUGGCUCGAGCCGCGAGGGGUGGCGACCACGGGUCCAAGGCGAGCAGUCCGUGCCGCCACCGGGCCUUGCUGCAGACCUGCCCGGCCCGUCCACCGCUGUGGCACCGCUGCGCCCGUGGCCUCGCCGUCCGCGCCUGGCGUCGGGCGGCGAGCGAGGUGCGUUGUUUCGCAACGUGCUCCCGGGCGUGCUCGUGUUCCAGGCGCUGCACGUGACCGCGGCCAACAUCGAGGGCAACGCGGUCACCUCGUACUUCACGGAGGAGGCCACUGGCAGGACCGUGCAGGUGACGUUGGCGGCUGUCUUCAGCGUCAUGCCGAGCAGCCAGCUGGAGCCGCUCAUGCGCCGGCUGAGCGAGGAGUUCGGCUCGACCGACGACGCCAUCGCCGUGGCGUUCCCGCGCAACCAGGACGAGGUGCUCGGCGAGCUGGAGGCGUUCGAGCGCCACUUCCCCUCGGUGCCGGCGCUGGCGAACCAGGCCACCGAGUUCAACGUGGACGGCCAGUACGCGCCCAUGAGCAGGCUCAAGGUGAUCCUGCUGCUCAUCAAGCUGCUCGACUGAGCACGGUAUCGCAAGUGAGCCAGAGCUCGGUCACCAGGUCCUUCUCCACCCGCCGACAUCGGAAAUGAAUUGUAUAUAACAUUUGAAUUAGAUGUUACCAUAAAGAGCGCGUUAUUGGCGCCGCUCAUCGGCGACGUUCUAUUGAUUGUUUGCUUGUGUACUUACACAAUUCGUAGAUACAUUAUAUACCUAAUUCAAAGACCUUUACAUGUAUCUGGUUAAAGAGUUGUAUUCUGUAUCAGUGGUUUGCAAGUACGGAUCAGUUUAACCAGUCAUGGCGAUAUCCGUGGAGUUGCCUUUAGGUUGACGUUAAGCUUAUCACGCUCGGGUUAUAACGCCGUUCUAAUAGACGUCCGUUUACUGUAGUUGACAUGGUGUGUGUCAGCUGUGGUGAUGAUUAGGUGUAACAGACGCAACCUUGUCCACGGAAACGUCUCCGAGUUGAAGCAGAGCCUAUUACGUUGGCGCUAUAAUGCCGCUGUGUAAUACGUCCAUCUCACACAGGCGACACUGACCACGCGCUGUGCGCAUAUACGUGCGGAAGGCGGUGCACAGAGUCGCUCGCAUUCCUGUUGUCUUUGCGAACUGUGUUGGAGCGAACUCGUGCAAAACGGUACUGUGGCGCAAUCAACGUUUAGCUGCGCAUUCUAUUGUUUUCUGGUGGAAUAGACUUAAGUUGGCAAGUGCAUGUACCCUAUGGUCUUGUAGAAUCGGCUCACCCCGUGGAAGCCGACAGGGAUGAAUUGUGGGUAUGCAAGAGACCAUUGCGCGUGAGUUACAUAGAAAAGACGAGGUAACUUGGCCUAUGUUCGGUAAAUAAGUAGCUUAUUUGUUUCUAUUUUUAAAUUCUUGACGAAAAGCGACUCGUUGCUGGUUCGAGCCGAACCGACAUCUGCAUAGCGAGUGCGGUGCUUUAUCUGUAUAGGGCGAUACAGUGACGUCUGUUCACGACCACAUUCUUUAGUAUGUGCGCAGCAGCUGAUACUGGGAGUGUUAGCCAACGCCACUCCUGACCGUGGCAGCGGAUGUGGAACAUCCUUUUUAACCCCAGGCGUCGCGUAGUGCACGUGAAAUUUCGGGAGUACAUGGGCAGCUGGCCAAUAAAGUGCCAGCGUCUUUGCACAAUAUCGAGAGAGCCUGCGAAAGAAUUCGUGCAACCCUCGCUGUGUCGGGUCAGGUUAAGAGUGAGUGCAGGUCUUGCAUGAAUCUGUGCGCUUUCUGAAGUAGCGCGCUUACCACCGCCUAACCUGGGGCGACUGGCGUCCAUCCAGCCUGUGCGUCGAAUCGGAGCAGCGGCAUUGCGUCCGAGGAUGAAGUGGAGUCGAAGAAUUUUGGUUUCUUCUUGUGCUCGUGCAAGUCUGACUACUGUCACUUUCGCGUUCGUUUAUUGUUUUGUAAAGUUAGCAUUUUUUAUGAACUUGCGUAAGUUAAAACGCCUUAACUUUGUAUGCAGCGUUCUAUUUUAUUAUUUUUUGAAAGUUAAUAAAUCU